AUGGCCCCUGCUGCCGAGGUCAUGUCCGCGCAGCGGCGGCAUGACUCCACAAGCGAGCCUGGCUGGGUGUCCUCCUAUGCCAUGCUGAGACUUUGCAAGGCAUCCGGUGAUGCACCCAGCGAGGCCACGCGCAGCCCCACGCAGUCGGAACCCUCCAGCUGUCCUUCGACGCCGCCUACCAGGUGUAACAGCAGGCCGUUAGCUACCAGACUGCGAAACUACAACUCUGUGGCCAAUGCAGAGAUGUGGAAAUGGUUGUGGCUCGACUUCUCGGCGCCAGUGCAGGCAGCCGUUCCCCGCUUGAUCCGAAAGACCAUGCGCAGGUGUUCCAAGAGCUCUGCAAGCUUGGACUCUUUUGACCUGGAGGGGCUUGAUACCAUCACCGAAGAGCACAUUGUCGGCUUGUCGCAGCGCAACUCUUUGCUGGGGGAGGGCUCUUUGGGAGCGGCGGUAUUCACUUUGGUCUCCUCAGCAAUGGGCGCGGGUUGCCUGUCGCUACCGUUCAUGCUCAAGAACUCAGGUAUCAUAUCAGGACUGCUGAUGCUGGGACUGGGGGCAGUCUUAGCACACUUAUCGCUGGUAGUUUUGAUGAGUUGUGCUCGUUAUACGGACUCUGAGAGCAUGGCCCAGCUGGUGGCAUUGGCCCGUGGGCGUGGAUCAGGGCGCAUUGUGGAUGUGGUCAUCGCUGUGUAUGGGAUAUCAGCGGUUCUCUGUUACUUGAUGUUCAUCGGCGAUUUCUUCCUUGGCAUUGCCAGGUCGCCACUCUUGGACCUUAACGUCUCGCGUGAGAUGCUCAUAGUCUCCAUUGCCAUCAUGGUGGUUUGGCCGCUGUCCCUUCCGCGGCGACUCUCUGCGCUUCGAUAUGUCUGUGUAUUGAGUGUGCUUGCCAUCGGCCUCACUGCCUUGGUUGUGGCCUGGCGAGCACCCAGCUAUGCACAGCUCAGGAGCGCUGAUGGUGGUGCAGACGAUCAGUGGAAGCUUGUUUGGUGGAGCAGUGAUCCGUAUGCAGCCUUACAAUCCUUCAGCAUUGCCUUGUUCUCGUUUGCGGCCCACACAAAUGCAGUGCCCGUUGCUACUGCAUUGAAGCAAGCAGACGGCGGCAGCAUCUGGCGUGUCUCGCUGUACUCAGUGUGCAUUGAACUUUUCUUCUACACACUGAUGGGUGUGGCUGGAUAUGUCUCUUUUGGAGGAUACACGGAGCAGGACUUCAUUCUCAACUAUCGAAAUGACGACAUGCUUAUGUUUUUGGUUCGUUGCAUUUACGGCCUCGUUGUUUGCCUUGGAGCGCCGAUCAACUUGUCACCUGCUGCCUCGAGCAUACUGGGCCUCCUGGGCAGCGAGCGCAGGACCCCCGUGAGGCACUUUGUCGUCGUGACAACCAUCAUUGCCAGCUGCGUCUGCGUGGCGCUCUGGAGCGAGAAGGUGGCGGAUGUCAUCGGCUUGAUUGGUGCCAGCUUUGGCUCACUGAUCGUGCUUGCGUGGCCUGCCAUGAUCUAUCGCCGGGCGCUGUACGAUCUGCACCCCAGGCGCCUUGCAAAUACCAUCUUCUACUCGCUGGCCUUUGCAGCCUCACUAGGCUUGACGUCUUUCGUGGUGCAAACCCUCCGUGCAUGGAGCUGA